AUGACAAACAGAUUAGAGACACAACCAGCUGAACUAAAUCGAGUUCCUGAAACUCUUCUAAAAAAAAGAAAAGAACAAGAAAGAAAAACAGCAGAAAAAGUUGCAUCAAUUAUUAAAAAACGAAAGCAAUAUGUUAAAGAAUAUCGCAUUGGUGAACGUCAAGAGAUUCGUAUGCGUCAUUUGACUAAUUCAAAUCUCGAUUUAAGUGUUCCAGAACAAGCAAAGUUAUUAUUUGUUAUACGCAUUAAUAAACAACAAAAAAUUCUUAAUAUUUUUCGUUUAAAUCAAAUUAAUACUGGUGUUUUUGUUCGUUUGAACAAAUCAAUUAAAAUAAUGCUUCAAUUAGUAAAUCCAUAUGUUGCAUAUGGUGUUCCCAAUUUAAAAUCUGUUCAUGAACUUAUUUAUAAACGUGGAUUUGCCAAAAUAAAUAAAAAACAAGUCCCUAUAAGUGACAAUUUAAUGAUUGAAGAGAGUUUGGGAGAUGUUGGAAUAAUUUGUGUUGAAGAUUUAAUUCAUGAAAUUUUUACUGUUGGACCAAAUUUUAAAAAAGCAAAUAAUUUUCUUUGUCCUUUUAAAUUAUCAAUACCUGAUGGUGGAUGGAUCAAAAGAAAAUUUGGUCAUUGUAAUAUUUUAGAAAAAAAUGAAUUUGGUGAUUGUGGAGAGCAAAUAAAUAAUUUAAUUCUAAAGAUGAAUUAA